GCCUUCUUUUCCCUUUCAAUAUUGAUCCUUCUUUUUGUGAAAAGAAAAAGCUGGUCAUACGACCCAGAUAAACAGCAACAUCAAAAUGUCUCCUGCAGCUGCUCACGGUUCCGCAUCUAAGGAUGUGAAGAAGGAGUCAGCCACUGCUCGUCUUCUUGGAUCAGGUUCUGCUGGUAUUGCGGAACUGCUCGUUUUCCACCCUGUCGAUACGACGGCAAAGCGAUUGAUGAGCAACCAGACCCGCAUUACGUCUGCCAGUGAAUUCAACCAAGUCGUCUUCAAGGAGUAUGCCAACGCGCCUCUGGCUCGCAAGUUUACCUCUCUCUUCCCCGGUCUCGGUUAUGCCGCAGGUUACAAGGUUCUUCAGCGUAUUUACAAGUACGGUGGUCAGCCGUUCGCUCGCGACUACCUGGCGAAGCACCACGGUGCCGACUUUGAUAAGGCUUUUGGAAAGGGCACUGGAAAGGCUAUCAUGCACGCCACGGCCGGUAGUUUAAUCGGCAUUGGUGAAAUCGUCCUGCUUCCUCUCGACGUGCUCAAGAUCAAGCGUCAGACAAACCCAGAGGCUUUCCGUGGUCGCGGCCUUUUCAAGAUCAUCUCCGAUGAAGGUAUGGGGCUUUACCGUGGCGCUGGCUGGACUGCGGCUCGCAACGCCCCUGGAUCAUUCGCUCUUUUCGGUGGAUCUGCUUUCGCCAAGGAAUACAUCUACAGUCUGCAGGACUACAACAAAGCUUCGUGGGCCCAGAACUUCGUCGCCUCCGUCUGCGGUGCCAGCGCCUCCCUCAUCGUCUCCGCUCCCCUCGACGUGAUUAAAACCCGUAUUCAGAACCGCAACUUCGAGAACCCCGAGUCUGGCUUCCGUAUUGUCUCCAACAUGAUGAAGAAUGAAGGCCCCACUGCUUUCUUCAAGGGUUUGACGCCUAAGCUGUUGAUGACUGGACCCAAGCUUGUUUUCAGCUUCUGGCUGGCUCAGACGUUGAUUCCUGCCUUUGGCCAGAUCGUAUAA